AGUGCGAGUCAAGUUUUGAGUCAGAGAGUUAUUUUUAAAAUUCAUGCAAUGAAAAUUCUACAAUUUUUCAAUCUUUCGCAUUUGUUACUCACUCUUCGCUUUGGCAUAUUUAUACAUGCAUGUGUAUAGCCGUUGAUUUGAUCCGUGCAGAAAUAUUUUGAAUAUCACAGUAAUAAUUUCACUCAUAAGUUGACAUUGAGAGUGCCAUAGUAUUUUUAAAUUCAGUGUUAGUGGUAUCCUAAAUUAGCAUCGUUUUAAAUAUGUCAGCAAGUUCGAUCCAGGCUUGGGGAGACGGUUUGUCCCAUGGAUUCGCUGGUCAACAGGCAAAUUUUCUGGUGAACCCGAAUGGACUAAAUAUGUCAAAAGUAACAUUUGGUGUCGAAGGACCGUCCAGACCCGAGUUUAUUUUCAAUCAUCCACCAGGUGGUGCUGUUGAAGUGAGUUACAUCCCAACAUUUCCAGGAUUAUACAGAAUUCAUAUAAAGUUCUUCGGACGAGACAUUCCCGGAUCACCGUUCCCAGUGAACGUUAGCGGUGAUCCACAGUCUCAAGUGGAAAUGGUUCGUGAUGUUAUACAAAAUGUUCGAAUUUCUGGACCAGCUGCAACGAAUGGAAAAUCUUUAAUUACGAAUCAAUUUUUGUUGGAUGCACGCGAGGCAGUUGUGAGUGGUGGUUUGAACGCCUUUAUGCAGGGACCCGGUAAUGUAGAAGUUGGAUUCAAGGAAAAUUUGGAUGGAACGAUUCAUGUCCAAUACAAGCCAUCGCACAGCGGAGUAUAUAAGUUGAUCAUUAAAUUUGGCGAUAUUCCUGUCGUUGGAAGUCCAUUUGUUAUUAAUGUCAAUUAAAUUAUUUGAUCGAUUUGUUAUGAUUCAAGAAAUAACUUAAUUUUUCCUCGUCGACAAUGGUCUGUCUAGCACCGAAGCUUAGCACCGGACAGAGCAUUGUCUUUGAUAUUUCUAAUUUUUGUCACUUUUCAAUUACUCAGACGCCAGCAUACUAAUGUGAAAUUUUCCACGUUUUAAAUUAAUAAAACUGACCAAAUAAUAUAUGGUGCUUAUAUC